AUGUUCUGGACGCCUCGCAGCUGCCGAUAUUUCUUUUCCGUCGCCAAUCUUUGCUUCUCCCUUCUGCAAAGGACCAUUUCCACGAAUCAACCGGAAACGAGAUUGUGUGAGCAUCAUCACGUCAAAGUAUCGACGCGUCAACUUUUCAGCUGUGUUAGAGAAUGUGACAGAAAACAGCCACUCUCAAUGUUGCGGCCGGAUGCAUGA